CGAGCGAGAGUACGGCUUGUUGUUAAGACGGUGAUCAGCUGGCCUGUCAAAAAUAUUACGCAGCUAGCUCCUGUGGGUAGGUUCUUGUAGUCGCUUCACUACACGUUGAAGACAUGGCAGCCAAAAUGGAGCUUGCACCCCUCAGACAGUGGGAUGAUUUCUACCCCGGGAUGGACCGGUUCGCCAAACCCGAGUUUGGAGAUUUAACGAAGUGGAACAACAGAGUGAUCAGUAAUCUGAUGUACUACCAGACCAAUUAUUUCGCGGCGGCUGUGGUGGUUUUCCUCAUUGUAGGGUUCCUGAACCCAUUUGGCAUGUUUCUGGGAGGAGCUGUGGUGGCUCUGGUCUUCAUGGGCUCAGUGUGGGCCGGAGAGAACCAGGUCAUGGUGAAGAACUUCAAGAAGAAGAACCCCUCGGUGUUUGUCGUCUGUGUAAUGGUCACCAGCUACUUCCUGCUGUCGCUGUGUGGAGGCGUCCUGGUCUUCAUGUUUGGCAUCACCUUCCCCUUGCUGUUAAUUCUGAUCCAUGCCUCUCUGAGACUGCGCAACAUGAAGAACAAAAUGGAGAACAAGAUUGAGGGUGUUGGGCUGAAGAAGACCCCCAUGGGCAUCAUCAUGGAUCUCCUGGAUCAGCAGGAGGAGAAAAUGAACAAGAUUCAGGAUUUCCUUGAAAGCAAAAUGAAAGAUUAAGGCUAUAGUCAAACGUGUGCCAAGGGGAGUCGGUAUCAUACAGCAUGGAUUAAAACCUCCUUAGCAUAGUCCCAUGUGUGGAGUUUUUUUUUACCCUGUAAACAUGUCAUGUUACUGAUGUUGGCAUUCCCAUAUUUUAUAUCCAUUUUGGUUUACUUAAUUCUCUUAUACUUUACUCACAGAUAGAUGGUAACAUGAUUUGCACAAUCACAGCGUGGAUUGGAUGUUGAAAGACAAUGGGCACCAAAAAAAAGUUACCAAAGGUCAUUAAUUUGUAAAAGAAAUGUUCCUAAAACACAUCAUUAUCCUUGUCCACAACGCACUUUGUUCCACGUGACGACUGACUUGAAGCAGAAUGUCUGAACACAAUGUCUAGUGUCAAUUGUGUUUGUUUAAAAAAAUAAUCAGAUGCUUGCAGUUUGCAAGCAUGUUUGAUUCACCCAGUGAACUGUUAAAUGCUUAUUAAACAGCAAUAACUCCCAUUGUGUCACUCCAGGAGCUGAAUACUGAUAUGAGACCUGUUUGUAGACAGAAUUAUGUGGUCAUGGAAGUUUAAAUAUUCCUAAUCUCAAAAGAUGUGUGUACACACUUCUUGACCUUGCAGGCUGGCCUGAGUGUUCUGAUCAAAGCUAUGCAAUAUUGAAAAAUGAAUGGCAAGUGCAGCUUUAUUGUUUGACUAUUAUGUCAUGAUAUGUACAUGUAUGUUGUUUCUGAUGUGUCUUUAUUUCCAUGAUAUGGCAUGCGGAAAUAUAUAAAAUGGCUACAGGAUACGAUCAUAUUAAAUUAAUUAAAUUGCCCUAUUUUCCCCAUUUCCUGUUAGGAUUAAAACCAUGUUCGUUUUGAAAAACGAAAUUCAGUGUGUCAUCUGUAAUCUGUUAAGUGUUUGUUUUAUACCGAAAGUAUGAGCAGUUUCCUGUUGCUUUUAUACAUAUGCAGAUUAACUGUUUGUUUGUGCUACUUUCACAGAUGGCAGUUCAGGAAGAUUGUUACACGGAUGCUAAAUUAUAUAUUUUCUGUUUUUAUGCAACUGUUUCAUUCUUGACUGAUGAUUAAUUCACAGAACUUGACUUAAAACAUGGCAGUCCUAUAGAGAAAUAAAGAUGACCUGAUUUAUGUUG